UCCGAAAGAAAGUUGUACCUUUAUACAUAUUUUAUGUCUCGAUUAAAUCAACAACCAUAACCCAUUCUUACAACAGAGGUAAGGUAAUGUGUAACUGGAUCUACACUAAUAAAAGUUGGCCAACAGGAAACGUCACAUAUAUAAGAGAAUCAUUAGUAUUGUCCAAACGCUGGACUCUGUAGGAUCUGAUUUAGUAGAUCUCUGUAAAAGGGAGUUUAGAAAGUUGUAUUACCUUGCCCAGCCCCUAACAACCCAAAAUGUCUUCACCUUCGAAUGAAGCUGGAACCCACAAUUAUGAACCAGUGCCAUGUACCAUGAUUCCUCCAGAAGAAAAUGUGACUGCACAGAAUAGUGCUCUACCAGGAAACAUCCAACCCAUCCCCUGUGGACCUAAUGUCUAUUCUGUUCCUCCAGGGGUUACCCCUGCUGUGCCGCAAAACAAACUAUCUCCAGCGAUGCAUCAGACAUUUGUUCAACAGAAAACACAACAUCUCGCAAUUGUGCUUAUUGUGACAUCCAUUGUUCAAUUUUUUCUGGGGGUUGGAGCCCUUUUUACAAGUAGCUAUUAUAUUUUUUUCAGUGGUAUCCCUCUCUGGGGAAUAGUAUGUUACCUGGUUGCAGGAACACUUACAAUUGCAAUUCGGAGGUCUCCAGCUAUUUGCUUGUUAAGAGGUUCGCUUGGCCUAAACAUUCUUGGAUCCAUAAUCAGCUGUAUUGGAGCAAUGAUGGCCUGCCUGGAUAUUGUAUCAGCUGCAUCUAUUAUAUGUUAUCGUGAUGUUUGUCUAAAACCAGCGAAUACUGUGGAUAUUGUCGUCUUCUCCUUUAUUCUCAUUGCAUAUCUUCUAUUGUUCUCUGUGGCCACAUCCAUUGCCGUCUUUGGGUGCAACACUUUAAGUUAUGUGCCAACUGCUCCUCAGGUAUUCCUGGUACAGAAUGGAGUAGCGGUGCCAGCACCUACUUCAGCUUAUCCAGCUACCACAGUAGUCUUCACACAGUCUCCACCAUCUUGUAUAGUUCCUGUGGAAGAAAAUUAAUCAACAUUUGCUAGAAGAAAUAAGUUCUUAGUUUUUUAACAUUAUUUUUUGUCUACCAAAAGCAGAAGAAUCAUUUAAUCUUUCUUGGUUUUCUUACUUGUUUUCUCACAAUAUUGGGCAAUAGGGAAAGCUGCUGUCUCAAAAUACACAUAAAUACAAGACAUAUUAUUUAUUUGUACAUGUAAAUUUUAAUAUUGUUUCAAGAGGCAUUUUGCCCACAACCAUAUAAUGGCACCCUAUAGAGCGGUACGGGGUAAUAAAGCAACAGUAAUGUUAUCCUAUGAAGGGGACAGUGAGGGGCAUUUCACUUUUCACAUACACCAAAAAGCUAAGCUAAGGCUUCUUUCACACUACAAAA